AUGUGGCUUUUAGUUCGAAAGCCAAUGUGCAUAUAUGUGUCCGAACUCAAGCUAACCCAGCGUCUGGACCAUCGCCUGAGUCUCUCCGCUUCCAUGCGGACCAGGACCCAGCAUCCCGGACUGAGGUCCAGAGUCCGUCCGGUACCGAGACCCUUGGUGUCGGCUCUGUCCUGCAGCCGAACCAGGGCUUUCUCUGGGCUGCCUCCACACACCUGCUCGGCCCGAGCUCGGACACGCGCACACACACCUGUUGCUUUUGCCAGCUCUUCAGCGGACUCUCGACCUGCAGCAGCCGGAUCAGAGGAGCCUCAGGCGGACGCGGACAGAGGCCGCGCACCGGCCACCAUCCCCCCUGACGAUGUUAAACGGAUCCUGCGUCUUGCUCAUCCAGAGAGAUGGAGGCUGGCAGCUGCUGUGGGCUUCCUCACAGUCUCCAGUGCAGUAACCAUGUCGGCCCCAUUCCUCUUGGGUAAAGUGAUUGACACCAUUUACAGCAGUGGAGCAGACACCGAGGCCAUGACAGCCUCCCUGACGUCGUUGUGCAUGGUGCUGUCUGGAGUCUUUCUGUGUGGUGGAGCAGCCAACGCUGCCAGAGUCUACCUCAUGCAGAUCUCAGGACAACAGAUUGUUCGUGAUCUCAGAGCCUCUGUCUUCUCCUCCAUCCUCAGACAGGAAAUGGCCUUUUUUGAUAGAAAUAGAACCGGAGAGCUUAUCAACCGCCUCUCCGCUGACACGGCCGUGGUCGGACGCUCCAUCACAGACAACCUGUCAGACGGGUUAAGAGCCGUCGCACAGGCUGCUGCAGGUGUCAGCAUGAUGUUCUAUGUCUCCCCCAGUCUGGCAGGAUUUGUGCUGCUCAUUGUUCCUCCUGUGGCCGUUCUUGCCGUUAUCUAUGGCAGAUACCUUCGCUCCAUCUCCAGACGGACACAGGAUGCACUUGCACAAGCCACAGAGUUGGCAGAAGAACGUAUCAGCAACCUGCGGACGGUCCGAGCUUUUGGCAAAGAGCUUUCAGAGCUCAGCACAUACACAAAAAAGGCGGACCUGGUCCUGGGCUUGGCCCAGAAAGAAGCUCUGCUGCGAGCUGGUUUCUUUGGCGUGACUGGCCUAAGUGGGAACAUGAUGAUCCUGUCGGUGCUUUACAAAGGAGGCCUUCUGAUGGCCAGCCAGCACAUGACGGUGGGAGAGCUCUCAUCGUUCCUCAUGUACACCUUCUGGGUCGGCAUCAGUGUUGCAGGUCUCAGCUCAUUCUACUCUGAGCUGAUGAAAGGUUUUGGAGCAGGAUCGAGACUGUGGCAGCUGCUGGACAGACGGCCUGAGUUUCCUCUGAAUGAAGGCCAAGUGCUUCCUCCAGAGCAGCUGAAGGGCCAGCUACAGUUCAGUGAUGUGUCCUUUGCUUAUCCGACUCGUAAGGAGGCUCUGAUUUUCCAGAACCUCAGUCUGCUGGUGCCAGCUGGUUCUGUCAUGGCUGUGGUGGGAUCCAGCGGAUCUGGAAAAUCCACCCUGGUCUCGCUGCUGCUGCGGCUCUAUGACACUGAUGCUGGUGUCAUCACUAUCGACGGUCAUGACAUCAGGGAUCUUAACCCCUACUGGCUCAGGAGUCACAUAGGAACAGUCAGCCAGGAGCCUGUGCUGUUUUCUUGCUCUAUAAGGGAUAAUAUCGCGUACGGUGCCAUGGACCCAGACACUGUGACCACAGAGGACGUGUACAGAGCCGCCAGAGUGGCCAACGCCUACGACUUCAUCCAGGCUUUUCCUAAAGGCUUUGACACCGUGGUGGGUGAGAAAGGAGUGCUGCUGUCAGGUGGUCAGAAGCAGAGGAUCGCCAUAGCCAGAGCUCUGCUCAAGAAUCCUAAGAUCCUGCUGCUGGAUGAAGCUACAAGUGCAUUGGAUGCUGAGAACGAGUUCCUGGUCCAGGAGGCUCUGGAGCGUCUGAUGGAAGGGAGGACAGUCAUGAUCAUCGCUCACCGUCUGUCCACCAUCCAGAACGCCAACGCCGUGGCGGUCCUCGACCAGCACCGUAUAGCCGAGUGCGGGCCGCACACAGAGCUGCUGGGCAACAGACAAGGACUGUUCAGGAAGCUGAUGGAGAAACAAGCUUUUCUGCAGGACGAACAGAAACAAGCCCUGCGCUUUGUGCCGUUAACCGAACCGGGGACAAUGUGGGGUUUUCUUCGAAAGCCCGUUUGCGCACAUUUAUCCAAACUGCGGCUAAUUCAUAGCGGAAUGUCGUGUCUGGACCAUCGCCUGAGUCUCUCCGCCUCCCUGCGGACCAGGACCCAGAUUCCCGGGAUGAACUCCAGGGUCCGUCCGGUACCAGGACCCCUGGUGUCGGCUCUGUCCUGCAGCCGAACCAGGGCUUUCUCUGGGCUGCCUCCACACACCUGCUCGGCCCGAGCUCGGACACGCGCACACACACCUGUUGCUUUUGCCAGCUCUUCAGCGGACUCUCGACCUGCAGCAGCCGGAUCAGAGGAGCCUCAGGCGGACGCGGACAGAGGCCUCACGCCGGCCCAGGUCUCCCCCCAGGACGUGAGAAGGAUUGUGCGUCUCGCUCACCCGCAGAGGUGGAGGAUGGCAGCUGCUGUGGGCUUCCUCACAGUCUCCAGUGCAGUUUCCAUGUCGGCCCCGUUCCUCUUUGGUAAAGUGAUUGACACCAUUUACAGCAGUGGAGCAGACACCGAGGCCAUGACAGCCUCCCUGACGUCGUUGUGCAUGGUGCUGUCUGGAGUCUUUCUGUGUGGUGGAGCAGCCAACGCUGCCAGAGUCUACCUCAUGCAGAUCUCAGGACAACAGAUUGUUCGUGAUCUCAGAGUCUCUGUCUUCUCCUCCAUCCUCGGACAGGAAGUGGCCUUUUUUGAUAGAAAUAGAACCGGAGAGCUUAUCAACCGCCUCUCCGCUGACACGGCCGUGGUCGGCCACGCCGUCACGGACAACCUGUCAGACGGGUUAAGAGCCGUCGCACAGGCUGUCGCAGGUGUCAGCAUGAUGUUCUACGUCUCCCCCAGUCUGGCGAGCUUCGUGUUGCUCAUAGUUCCUCCCGUCGCCGGCCUCGCUGUUGUCUACGGCAGAUACAUUUACUCCAUCUCCAAGCGCACGCAGGAUGCUCUGGCCCAAGCCACACAGUUGGCAGAAGAAUGUAUCAGCAGCCUGCGGACGGUCCGAGCUUUUGGUCAAGAAUCAUUAGAGGUCAGCAAAUACACAGGGAAGGCGGAUCUGGUUCUGGGCUUGGCCCGAAAGGAAGCUCUGCUAGAAGCCGGGUACUUUGGAGUGGUUGGUGUCAGUAUGAACAUGAUGAUGCUGUUGGUGCUUUACAAAGGAGGCCUCCUGACGGCCAGCCAGCACAUGACGGUGGGAGCGCUCACGUCCUUCCUCAUGUACACCUUCUGGGUCGGCAUCAGCGUCACAGGUCUCAGCUCAUUCUACUCUGAGCUGAUGAAAGGUUUUGGAGCAGGAUCGAGACUGUGGCAGCUGCUGGACAGACGGCCUGAGUUUCCUCUGAAUGAAGGCCAAGUGCUUCCUCCAGAGCAGCUGAAGGGCCAGCUACAGUUCAGUGAUGUGUCCUUUGCUUAUCCGACUCGUAAGGAGGCUCUGAUUUUCCAGAACCUCAGUCUGCUGGUGCCAGCUGGUUCUGUCAUGGCUGUGGUGGGAUCCAGCGGAUCUGGAAAAUCCACCCUGGUCUCGCUGCUGCUGCGGCUCUAUGACACUGAUGCUGGUGUCAUCACUAUCGACGGUCAUGACAUCAGGGAUCUUAACCCCUACUGGCUCAGGAGUCACAUAGGAACAGUCAGCCAGGAGCCUGUGCUGUUUUCUUGCUCUAUAAGGGAUAAUAUCGCGUACGGUGCCAUGGACCCAGACACUGUGACCACAGAGGACGUGUACAGAGCCGCCAGAGUGGCCAACGCCUACGACUUCAUCCAGGCUUUUCCUAAAGGCUUUGACACCGUGGUGGGUGAGAAAGGAGUGCUGCUGUCAGGUGGUCAGAAGCAGAGGAUCGCCAUAGCCAGAGCUCUGCUCAAGAAUCCUAAGAUCCUGCUGCUGGAUGAAGCUACAAGUGCAUUGGAUGCUGAGAACGAGUUCCUGGUCCAGGAGGCUCUGGAGCGUCUGAUGGAAGGGAGGACAGUCAUGAUCAUCGCUCACCGUCUGUCCACCAUCCAGAACGCCAACGCCGUGGCGGUCCUCGACCAGCACCGUAUAGCCGAGUGCGGGCCGCACACAGAGCUGCUGGGCAACAGACAAGGACUGUUCAGGAAGCUGAUGGAGAAACAAGCUUUUCUGCAGGACGAACAGAAACAAGCCCUGCGCUGAGAGAACAGCAGGAGCAGACGUGAGGGAGGAACCUGGAGGUGAGGUCUGGGAAUGUGUCAGAAUGACUGCAGGGGGCGCUGUUGCCAUAAGCUACGCACUGUUUUAUCGCUGAGUCAAAGAUGUAUUGUUUGUUUUCGUGUGAUCUCUAUUUAAUUAACUGCGUUACUUUUAAUCCAGAGAUGAUUUUGGUGGGUUUGCUUUCAAGAGGAUCAGUAUUUACAUAAUUACUUAUUAUUAAUUUUUAGUGCAUUUAUAACAUUACAUUUGUAAAAUUACAAUGAAUACAUUUGAUUGACAAAAACUAUUUAGUGUGGUAAACAUAAAAUAAAGUAAGAAAGUAGGAGAAUAAUACAUUAUAUGGGCUCCUGUCCUGCAGAGGGCGCUGCAGCAGCUGCAGGAACAAGCACCAUGUGUUGGUCAGGUUUAUACCUCCUCUCCCUCUGUCUUUACCCUGGGAAUUUCCUGAACAAAAAAAGGCAAUAAAUAUACCACACAGCUGGAGCAAAAAUGUUGGGUUGGGAUUGUUGACGGUGCAGCUGCUGUUUUUAAGUAGGUAAAUGACAAAGGUCCACUAAAUCUGGACAGAAUGGCAGCAUUACAAGAUUCAGACUAUAAAGGUCAACAUUAACCACACACAAGCAUUAGAAAGCAGCUCACUGAGACAAACUGAUGACAACAUGUUGUUUAGACAUAAUAACUAAACAGAAGAGUUUGAGCUGUUCACACAUUUACAUCCAUGUAAUUAUGACGACUCGGGAUAAAUGGGAGAAAGUGUGAACCCAUCCUUUAACGGUUUCACCUCUUCAUUUUACACAGUCCUCAAUAAUCCUCAGACUCUCUUCAAAGUUACACCUGAAUGGAAAAUCAAAUCCAACCCGCUUCCUGUCUGAUCUCUUUUAAAAGAAUCUACUGUACACGCAGCGGUCUCAGUCGGAGCCCCGAUGCGCGGCUCCGGUGCCGGUUCCAGCUACCGGAUGCCAGCGCUUGUGCUAUUCUUACUCUUUCCCCGACACUCUCGCCCUCUGUGCUGCUCUCAUGGGAGAGUUGGCUGGAAAAGAAACACAACCGAAUAAAUAGCGAGGUAACACCGGGGAACAAAGCUCCGUCUGCUUCCACUUGUGUCCCCGAAACUGUUUCUGGCUGUAGUGGCCGCAUCGUACUUCUGAUCCAUGUCUACAUCACUAAACCCUGAAAGAAAUACUUCGCUCCAGAGGGUCUGCGUCGUCCUCAGGCAGCUUCUGAGAAACUCAACUCAUACUCGCUGCCACCUGUCACACACACCCUGUCACCUCUGGGUUCCUCCUCCCUCUUCGCCAAGUGGGUUCUCCAGGAGGCUCUGUGGAUUCUCCUCCCCCCUCGGCCCCUCUGACCUCCCCUCCCCUCCCCUCGCCUCCUCCUUCCCCCUCCCUCUUUCAGCCCCCAACAACUGCUGUCCAUUUACAUUUUAGGCGUUUCACAGGCCCUCGGAUCCAAAAUGGCUCACAACAAGUACAUAAAAGUAGCUCAGCAUUGCUGCGCAGCGCCUCCGCCUCCCACUUCCACACACACACACACACACACACACACACACAUACAUGCACGCUCUCACUUCUUUAGGUCUUCAGGAAACCUAUAGGAUCCCAUCUGCAGUUUUAGUUCAAAUUAUGUUCAAAGUCUCAAUAUGUUUGUGAAUGCGUCCCAUUCAACCACCUGCAGCCUUCUGAUGCUGGUGUAGCAAGAAUUCAUGCAUGUCACUAAAUACUAUAAUGUACAUUUACAACAUUCCGCUCCCAUGUGAAUACAGCUCUGGGCUCAGAUGUUUGAUAUUUCAUCCUAAAUGCUUUUUACUGGUACAGGUUGCAGGGAUUCUUAUGAAUAUCAGAAUCUUACUGUUUAAUGGUUUAUUCUGUGUUGUAGACGCAAUGUUUCAGCUCUGAUUAAAUGUUUUUGAUCAUG